ACCGUUCCACCAUCAUUAAAGACUCCUAUUCAAACUCCUCUUCCCACCGCCACCACCGGGUCUCAUAUGACAUGCCAGCAGUUUAUUACAGGUACUUACAUGUCCAUUGGAGUUGGAUGUUGUUGGGUGACUUGUGUGGCUGAAUUCAGGCUCAGGAUUCAGAGUGGGGAGUUCACAUAUGAUGGCAGGCUUUUGGGCAUCAAGGAAUCACUCAAAGCUGUGUCUCAGGACAUGUGUAGCUAUUCUGCUCCUCCUAGUCUUCUUUCAUAUAGCUCAAAAACAUGGCAACCAGGAGGAAAUAUAUAAGAGGGAUCUUCUAGCAUCGACAGAAAUCCCGGCAGAGUAUAUUGAUCCAACUUCCAUCGAUCUCACUCCCUUGGUCAAUACGUUAAUUCAUUCAACACAAUUAGGCUCAAGUCAGCUCUUCUCUUUGUUGAGUGUGACCUCACACAGCUCCCUGGCUCUUCACAAGCUCACUCUACUGGUCUAUAACAUUUCUAAUUUCAGAAGUAUCGCGGACAACAUGUUUCCAAGAAGGUAUUGCUAUUGUGUAACAAACGAGACAAACGACUUAACAGACUUCACUGCCAUAUUGUUGGAUGUUAUGGGAAAUUCCACAAGCUAUCUACAAGAGCUAUUCAAAUCUAGCUCCAUAUUAUCAGUGAGCCAAAAUAAUAUUUCUGACUGCAUAUACAUCUGUGUAAUGGCAGGUAAAUCAGAUAAAUACCUGUCUCAACUCUGGGAAGUUGACUCCAUCAUGCCUCUGUUCAAUCAGACCAUUACAGAAAGCGCACAUAAAGGUAACCAUUCUGUCAAUUUUGAUCCGUCCCUAACCAGUAGAGUCCACUCCACUGCACAUGUAUCUUCCACAGCCUCAGAAAUGACCUCUACAGCUCCACCGACCACAACCAGUAGAACCAGAACCACAUCCUUCUUGACCUCAACAAGAGCUCAACCCACCACAACCACACCCUCACCGACUACAAAGACCAGAACCAGAACUACAGGUCGACCGACCUCAAUAUCAGUUCCUACCACUACAAGCAGAACUACAGUCCUAAUGACCCCAACUACAGCCCUUCCGAUCACAAUCACAGCCCAACCAACCAUAACCAUAGCCCCACCGUCCACAACCACAGCCCAACAAAGUAGAUCUACAGCCCUACUAACCACAACCCAAUCAACCACAGACCGACCAACCACAUCUACAGCCCUACCAACCACAGCCCAACCAACUACAGCUUUACCAAUCCCAGCCCUACUGCCUACAACUACAGUCCUACCCACCACAACCACAGCCCAACCAACCACAACUACAGCCCUACGAAUCAUGACCACAGCCACGCCAACUGCAGCUCAACCAAUUCCAACCUCAGUGCAACCGACCAAAGUCCCAUCAUCCACAACCACAGACCAACUGACCACAACAGCUCAACCGACUACAACCACACCACAACUGACCACAGUCCAAGUGACGACAACCACAACCCAACUGACCACAACCACAGACCAACCAACCACAGCCUUGCUGUGGCCAACCACACCCACAAUCAGAUUCCGAAUGACCACAACCCCAUCGACCAUAACCGCAAUCCUGAUAACCGCAACCAAAGCACAACCAACCACAGACCCACCAGCCACAGGCCAAGCUAUUACAACCACACAACAACUGCCCACAGCCCAACAAACUACAACCACAACACAACUAACUACAACCACAGCCCCAUGGACCAUUACCAAUGUAACCACGACCGCAACCAGAGUGAUCACCAAAGCACCCAUCACAGAGAAACCAGGAGUACAGUAGGUGCUGAAAAACUGAAGUCUACACAAUGCCAGAUGGGGAUGCCUAAGCUAAGGCUUAAACAAGACUGCACUACAAAGUGGAAUUCAACAUGUUAUAUGUUGAAGCGGAUUCUUGAGUCAAAGGAUGACAUCAUCUCUACCCUGGCCAUUGUCAAUGCACCUGUUGAUGCUCUGACCUAAGAGGAAUGGGAGGUGGUGGAGGAGGUGUUCAGAAUCCUGGAACCCUUUGAGCAGGUCACUGUGGAGAUCAGUGGACAGAGGUACAGUCAGCAGUUAUUACUACAUAAUUAUUUAAUCCAGUAUUAUAAAUGUAUAUGAGCAGUAGAUGAGUAUGUAGUAUCAGUAGACAAAACAUGAACCUGAACUAAUAAGUUACUGUUCUCUCUUUUCAGCUAUGUGAAACUCAAAAAUAACACUCCUGUGUAAGGGUCUGCAGCAAAUCACAGCCAUCCACCAGAGAGAAGCAAAUGUAACCACAGGACAUGUGACAGAGUUGAUGGACACCCUAUGUUUACCAAUGGACAGAAAGUUCCUCCGAAUGGAAUAUACUCAUGUGCUAUCAGAAACUGCUGCACUUGACCCCAGGUUUAAGAAGUUAGCCUUCAGGGAUGCCAGAACGAUUGAUGGGGCUCUUUAAAGAAGAACCUCAGCAGCAGGGAGGGACAGCCCCAGCAGUCAACUGGCUCAGGCACCAGAGCAAAAGGAAGAAGAGGGAGCAGAUGGAGCAGAAGCACCAGCAGUAGUGCCACAAACGUCUGCUGUUUGGAUGCUGUUUGACGAGAGAGCACCUGGGGAUGCAGCACGAAGGAAUACCUCAGGAAUCCCAUAAUGGAGGUCCGAUCCUAUUUGGAGGAGCCCCUCUGAUCUGCAGAUCCUCUGAGCUGGUGGAAGAACAAGGCCUCUGUCUACCCACAGCUUCUCUCAGAGAGGGUCUUCUCAAAAACGGGACAAAUAAUUAGUGAGAGAAGAAACCGCAUCAGCCUCUCGAAAGUGAGGCAGCUUGCAUUUCUGAAUGCAAAUCUCUCAUAAAAGCAAAAUAUGGUAAGCAUUGCUGUGUGCUGCUGGUUAUAACAUGGCAAUAAAGAAGAGAGAAAAGAGGGACCAGUUUAAUGUUUUAAGUGGAAUGCUGCAGUUUUGCACGUUUUUACUUAUUUUUCUUUGAUAUGGUGCAAUAUUCUAUUAUUAUGUUUUUCAGAUUGUAUUCGUUUUGAAUUGUUACAUGUAUAUGUACUUUGUUUCUAUACAUUAAAAAAGUUAUACUUUAAUGCACAUGUGUAAUAGCAUCCCUCUUUUUUGCAUUUAUUUCAAUUUGUGGGAUGAUGCAGUUUUGCAAAUUGUUAUUUAUUUUUGAUAUGGUGCAAUAUUCUAUUAUGCUGUUCAGAUUGUAUUCGUUUUGAAUGGUUAGAUUUAUAUGCACUUUGUUUAUAUACAUUAAAAAGUUAUAGUUUAAA